AUGCUCUCUACUCGCAUCCUCUCUCUCGCUCUCUUCUUCCUCGCCUUCGGGCUCGUCGCUCUCGCCAAGCCUGUCGCUCGUGCUUCCGGCUCUUCGACCCCUAGCGAUGUUCAGAGUAUCGUCAACGAGCUUAGCAGCAAGGUCAAGCCUCUGAUCCACCAGAUCGCUGCCUUGGGUAGCCCCGCCAGCCCGGCCUCGGCUAGCCAGGUCGCCCCCUACGUUCAGCAGAUCACCAACGCCAUCAACUCCGCGUCGACCGCCAUGAACCAAACGACCCCUUACACCGGCGCCGCCAGCGGCUCCGAUAGCGCCGUCCUCGGUGAGCUGGGUCAAACUAUCUCUACCCUCGUUGGCGAUCUGGUCACCACCCUCGACGACGUCCUAGGUGGCAAGGUCGGUCCUCUUCAGGAUCUUCUCGCCAACUUGGACGCUGCCGUCAACGACCUACUCCACGUUCUCGGCAACAUCCUUGCCCCUGUCUUGGCGCUCGUCGAUGAAGUGCUCGCUGGUCUCGGCGGCCUCCUCGAGCGCCUCAGCUUCACGCUCACUCCUGCUGCCCUUGGCGUCUGA